UUCCACGAGGUUCUCAACAGGCAAAUAACAAAGGUCCUCAAGUUAGAACCAUUCCUAUACAGAUAGAAGGUGACUACAAACCACAAGAAUAUGUGCAUCCAAGCGAGCAAACUGUACCAGAACCUAAAAAAUAUACUGGGAGUUCGAUUCCUAGUAGAUCCUUCAAGAUAUUACAGGCUAUGACCGCACCAGAAAAUUGUGCCAAUGUCGAUGACCGAAACGAAGCUUAUCCAUACGAUGAGGGAAGUUAUUAUCCUCAAUAUCCACCUCCACCUUUUCCGCCAUAUUGGCACAACUACUACCCAGAAUACCCCUAUCCUGACGUAUAUUCGGAACUUUCUGAAGGAGAAGCUAAGACACCAAGUGGAUCUGAUCAACUCCAGGCCCCAACACCUUUCUGGGGAUAUUUUCAUCCACCGCAUUACCCAGUAUAUAAAAACAAUUCUGUAUCUGAAGGAAGUGACACGGAUACUUCUUCCAAUCCCAGAACUACUCCUUUACCUCAUCUACCAUUUGUACAUCGACAAAAACCUGUGGAAUACAGUGAUGAGAUUAAAACAGGUGAAGGCUUCAGAAGAUUACCACAAUAUCCUCCAUAUUUUGAUCCAUAUUACUUUUACUACUAUUACGGUUAUAUGCCAAUGUAUCCACCAUAUCCUUAUUAUCAAAUAUCUGAAAAUGAUACUGAGUACUGUUAUGCUGAAACGGAAGAAGGAUCUGAGUUGAGUAAUGCAUGUGUAGAAACAAAUGUAACGCCCAAUCGCUCGCAAAAAAUGUAUUUGGACAGAAAUCAUUCAGUUGACGAACAAAGACCACAAUUAACAGAUUCUGAAUCCGAUUCGGAAUCUUGCAAGCUUCCCAUCCAGAAAACAAAUUCUAAUUGUUUGAAAUCUGUUAAAUCAGUGAAGGAUAUCAAUGUCUAUAACAUGCAAGAAGACAAUUCAGAUGACGACGUUCUUGAUGAAGUAUCAUCAAGAGAUUCAGGGGAUGAUUCUGAUGAGGAAAGUUCAUCUCAUGUCGUGGAUGGUAAUGCACUUCAACAUGAGCUGAGCGUCAUCCUUGAAGAAAGCGAAUGCAGAACUGAAUCUAGAAUCAGAUCAGUUAGCGUUAUGAGUGAUUCUACAACAGUUGCAGAUCCUAGUGAAGAUGAAAAUGAGGAAGAUACUCCUCAGGUUAGAGUGCCGUUGAAAUUUUGUAUUACUGUAGGUGAGGAAGAAAGUAAAAAUGUAACUUACGAAAAUGGUAAUUUGAAGACCUUCAAUGAUACUGAAAUUUAUGCAUCAUUCACUUUAAAGAGUCCUUCUGUAACACCAAGAAAACGAUCUCCAUGUAGAGACCAAACUGAAGAAGAUCAGGCAACAGAAAUAUCUAAUCACGAUGAGGAACUCCUUAGAAAGAAUGAAGAAGAAACCAAAGAAACCAUUGAGGAAUUAGAUGAUGGGAAAGAAAGUGAUGAAAGUGAAGACUGGUGGGGAAUUUUAGGUAAAGAGGAUGAUCAACCUAUUUCGAGAAAGCCUCAGUAUGUAGAGUGUGAUGUAGGAGAAAAUGAACUCAUUCCUGAGCAAGUGGAAGAAAAAUAUGUCAAAAAUGAUUAUGCCAGUGCAAAAAUUACUUCUGAAGGGAAAAGUUCUGAUACUCCAAUCACACUUGCUGGUGAUUCAAGAAAAACAAAUUCCUCAAAUGAGGUGGUUGAUACUAUCGAAAACAGUUGUAACGAAACAAAUACUGUUUCAAUACCUAAUGAAGUAUGCGAAGAAAACAAUGUAUUAGGAAAAUCUGAAUCACAUCAAGUAACGAUGACAUCAAGUAUAUAUGAUGAUUUUGAAGAUAUCAAAGUGGAUACUACUGGAAAAUUGAUGGAAAUGGAAAACUUUGUUGAUCAAUUGGAAAAAAUUCAGAACAGUUUUUGGAACACGCGUAUUUUGAAAAAUUCACAAGAGAAAGUAGACCAUAACAAAAAUAAUAGUGCUGGAUUUGACGAGAACAGUGUCCAAGAAAAGAAAAAUGAGUCUUUCAAAAAAUCAGCAACAACUUAUUAUCAAAACAACGUUAUCGAAACCAAAGGUGACAAAAAACAAGAGAAAAUAAAUCCAGAAUGUGGAUCGACCAAAGAAUGUUCUACUAAUUAUACUGGGUAUAAUUCUAGUAAGAGCUAUCGAGUAUUUGGUAAUGAAAAGUCCACUUCAGAAACAAACAAUGUCACAGAAAAAACGUAUACGGUAGAACCAUGUAGACAAAUCUCAAAUGAAUCAGAUUCAGAUGAUACCUCAGAUGAAUCGGAAUAUUCCUCUGAAGAAGAUGUGAAUAUAAAUAUUCGUGAACCCAAAAAUGCAACUAGCAAUGAAGAAACGGAACCCAAAAUUCCUUCGAUCAAAGAGCGGAUUCAAGCUUUGAAAAAUAGCAUAAAGGAAAAGCAGCAAAGAAUACAGGAGCAAAAAACUGAAAUACUGAUAAAAGAAAAAGAAUGUACCUAUGAAAACACCACUCGUAGUAGAACAAAGUCGGUAUCGACAAAAAGCAGUAUAAAAUCAUUCGAAGAACUGAGUGAAGAAGAGGAAAUCGAUUCCGGUGUAACAUCGGACAUGAGCAGACAUAUAUCUGACACUGAAGAGUUUUCAGAACUCAAAAAGCUUACUCGAUACCAACGUGCAGCUACGCAUUCAAGACUAUUCAAGCUCCUACAAGAAGGAUGUGAUGAUGAGGAUUCAGAUGAAGAAAAAGAAGAAACGAAUGCAAGUGCUAGCAUUCAUCAAGAUAUUUUCUCCAAUGAGCAACGCAGAAGGGAUCAUCUCCGAUUACCACUCAGUAAGAAUUUCGAUACUGACAAAAACGCUGAAGGGAGCAACAAUUCGCCUGUAAAUGAGCGAUUAGUAGGUGAACUGAUUCAAAGUUUUUUGAAGCAUAAAAAAGCACAAGUCUUCAGAAACAUGCCACCUGAGAAAUUAUUUGCUGCUGCAACGAAAAUACUCCAAGAAGAAUUUGAAUCUCGCGAGACCUCUACAAGUCCAAGCAGUUUUCUCUCACCAAUGAGGAGUAGUACUGGAUAUUCCACGGCAGUUCACACCCCACAGGAGUUUGUUAGUAGCCAUGAAGACUACAAGAGUUACUACGAGUCUUGGAAUGAUAACGAAGUAGCAUAUGAGGAAAAUUAUGAAAUAAUACCAUCAAAAGCUUUCAGACUACUCCAAGAACAUUCUAGCUAUAACAAAACAGGGGCUAUCUCAGGACUAUUGGCCAGGUGUCCAAGGGUGGUGUCGUCUAAAAAUGUCCACAACAAACUUAUCAAGCUAUUAGAAAGUUCUGAAAAUUCCACAACUAUCCUUGAUAAACCUCCCCCAAUUUCGAACGAAGUGACGAACGCCUCUUGAAAUCUGAAGAGCAAAAUUAGCGAAAAUUGAUAAAUUGUCGGACCCCGGUAUUGAUGAGGUCCAGAUCAUACAGAUUUCUAGACAUUUCUGAAAGCCUUGCAGAGAACAUGAAAAUAGUCUACGACCUUUUGAGACAUACGAGUAUGAUGAAUAUUUCUCUCCAAAGAACCUAGGAAUCUAGGCAUUUUUUGGGACAGAAAAGUGUGAUUGUUUCGCUUCAAGUCCACGCAUUUUUCGACUCACAUUUUUUGCAAUGAUAUUUUGUAAAUAGUUUUUGUUGUUGUAUUACUGAAUUGCUGUUAUUCAAAUAUGCUAGGAUUGUUUGGACUUUUGUCUUUGGAUGUAAACGAAUAAUCAUAUCGUAAAGAAAUAAUGUAUUUCUUGUUAACUGCAAAAUAUAUUUUACUUGUACAUGAUGAGAGAUAUGAGUAUUGUGAAAAAUGAAUAAUUAUAUCCUGGAAUCAAAAAUAUUUUAUUGUACAUUUGGUAAUGUACUUUUAAUAAAUGUCGUUGAACUAAUA